CUUCUUGGACUGUGGGCGUGUUUGUGUAUUUGUGCAUGUGUGAAGAAGAGCUGAACUCUGCAGACUGGUGAUUUGAACAUAUGACAAGUGAAGCAGAAGUGGAUUAACUGCUGAUUUAUAAUCAGGAAGAAAGGGAGAGGUGAACUGUGGGCUGUAAAGAUCACAAGAAGAGCUGCAUGGGUACAAAUGAUAGGCUCAAAACCAAACCCCCCUUACCCCCCAAACCCCAAAUAAUAUGUGGAACAACACAGAAGGUCCUGGUUUCCCCUCCAAGAACAACCACCACAACUGAUGCACGAUACAGGCCAACCCCUAAGCCUCGCCUACGCAAACUCAGUCACACCCUGAACAAAGCUGACAAUGCAGAUCAAGCCUCUUUGUUUAACACGGACACUGCUGCCUCUAAUGGAUCCAGUGAAAGCCACUCGGUUCCUCCAGCCUGCCCGCUUUCAUGUCCUUGUGUGUGUCAUAACACCAGCCAGAAUAGACCAAAGAAAACCCAAGAGUAUGCGGACAAUUAUAUGAUAACCUCAGAGAAUAAAGUUAAUAAAGAUCCCAAAAGAGUCCCUCCAGAUAUACCUGUUCCUGCAAGACCUCAUGCCAAAGAGCCAUUGAAGAGGAUCAUGAGUAACGGAAGAGCAACUGAUGAUUACAACAAGGGCAUUUUUUCGGAAGCUGACUUACCAAAGCAUGAUGAUAACACAGCACCUAAACGAAAUGAAACUGAACCAAGUAGUGAUGCACUGAAGACCCAUUCACAAAAACCUGUUCCUACUGCCAGGAAGAGGGUUAAAGGAAUCAACGCCACUCAUGAGGAGUAUAAAUAUCAGCAUGAUGAGCAAGCUGAGAGUUUGAGGAUUGAGCUUUGCCAGACACUUUCACUUAAAACCAAAGAGAAACCGAAAAUAAUGAAGAAGAAUUUGGGCAAUGUUAUGCUAUCUGAGGAGGUGGCUGGGUCUCAAGCCAAAGUGUUUCAUAAGAAAAACAGUGUAGAUGAUUUCUACAUUUCUACAAAGCAAAAUAAAUUAUCCGUUUUCAGCAAACCUCCAUCUACAGUUUCUAGCUGUUCACGCAGUCAGUCCUUCCAGGACUGCAACAAAAUGUCAUCAAAAUGGCCUGAACAAUCAAGUGCUGCUAUGCUGUCAUCCUCAGGCUUGAAAGUUAAUAGGAAAGUCAAGAAUGAUGCUUAUUCAUGGGAAAUGCUGGACAAGAAACUCUGGCAGGAACACUGUGUUGUGAAAGAGAGUGGAAUUCUAAAUAAAAUCACCAAGGAGGAGCUUCAUCUUCAGGAGAGUAUUUAUGAAGUGGCAACAUCUGAGCAGUCAUAUCUUGAACGGCUUACUGUUGUUGUGAAUCAUUUCAUGGAAUCUCCAGAAAUAAAUUCAGCUAUAGCUCCCCAAGACCAAAAAUCACUCUUUUCCAGCAUACAUAAAAUAAGAGAAAUCAGUCAGAACUUCCUUGACUCAAUGGUUGAGAACUUGGGUACCGGUUUACUUUGUGAAGAUCUCUGUGAUGUUGUCCUUCAUUACGCCACUGGACCGUUCACUGCUUAUGUGGACUACAUCCGCAAUAUGCCAUGCCAGAAAAACACACUCAUCAACCUGAGGAAAAAGAGCCCUUGCUUUGUGGAGAUCGUAAACAAGCUUCAGGAGGAUCCCUGUUGCAAUCGGCUGACUCUCGACUCUUUCCUUUCGCUGCCUUUUCAGAGGAUCUCUCACAUCAAGGUCUUAAUGGAGACAAUCCUAAAGAGGACAGACUCAAACUCGAAUGUUCAGGCCUCUGCAGAAGCAGCCUUAACAAGGAUUUCUGAGGUGCUGGAUUUAUGCAAUAGGGAAGUGGGUAAGGUGAAGCAGAUUGAGGACCUUGUCAGCAUUGUCAACAAAAUAGAAUUUGAGGGCAAGGCCUUGGCGCUGGUGUCAGCUUCUCGUUGGUUAAUCAGAGAUGGAGAAAUGACUCAGAUCGCUCUGAUUGAGAAUAUGUCUGUCCAGAAGAAAAAUUGCCCUGUACAUUUGAUCCUAUUCAAUGAUUUGCUUCUUGUGGCCUCAAAGAAAGGGUCAGACAGGUAUGUGGUUCAUGAUCAUGUCCACUGUUCCCUCAUUGAGGUCACUGAGGGUGCUAAAGUUGAGGAUGAUCUGGAAGGGUAUGAUGUAAGCAGAGUAUUUCUACUGGCUAUUUUGCAGAACCGUAAAGGAGGCUCAUACCAACUUUUACUACAGGCUUCCACACUAGAAGAGAGAGACAGCUGGCUGGAGGUGCUGAGUAGUGAGGAAGGAGUGUAUAAAGAGUGGGAUUGUCCUCAGGUGCGAUGUAUUGAGGCGUAUAAUGGACAACAACCUGGAGAGCUCAGUCUACAGCUGGGUGACAUAGUCAGCAUCAUCCAGAAAACAACUAACGGUUUAAUGGAAGGUCGGUUUGCAGAUGGGGUGACCGGUUGGUUCCCUGCCAAGUGUGUGAUGGAGAUCGUUAAUGAACAUGUGCGGAGACGCAACCUGCGUCGGCGACACCAUGUCCUCCAGAGAGCUGCUACCGUAGUAAAACAACGCAGAAUAUGUCAGGAACAGCCCACCACUACAUGCUUCAACAAACAUUAAUUAGAAUAUUUAUCUGCAUAUUUAUUCUCAUAGAUCCAAGGCCAAGGUAGUAGGGUCUUUAGGAACAAAAAUAGCACUUGAAACUAAUAGUAUGCAUGUUUUAUAUGAAUUGGUAUUUAUGUGGUUGGUCUACUUUCAACUAUUCAGGGAAAUAAUCUGUAAAAAAUAAUUGAAUCUACAUUAUGAUUAAUAGUCUUUAUUUUAUAAUUUGUAAAGAAAUUAUGAGGAAAAAGGGUUUUGUUAAUGUAAU